CAGCUACUCCACAUCACAUCCGUCAACAACUCACCGGGAGAGGCAAGCAUCUUCUAUCACCGACUGACUAAAGAGUUGGAGCUGAGAUGGAAGGAAAGGGCGAAGAUGCCUUCGACGUGGAAGCUGGGGAGCCAACCACAGGAGGGUUUGGAAAGUAUGUUGGAAAGCUGUUGCCGAAGGGACUCUCGGGCAGCGUGGCGAAGGAGUGGUUUGACCGCCGUCGCCUGGCAAUAAGGCCGUGGGUGGGGUUUGUCGACCAGCGGAAAUUCUCCAAGCCGCGUACUUUUGGGGAGCUCUGUCAGAGAGUGUUGCGUAACGUGGACAACUACCAGAGCAACUACAUCUUCAUCUUCUUGGGUCUCAUCUUGUACUGCAUCAUCAGCUCUCCCAUGCUGUUGGUGGCCUUGGCUGUGUUCGUUGGUGCGUUCUACAUCAUUCACCUCCGGUCCCAGGACUCCAAGCUGGUUGUGUUGGGGAGAGAGCUGAACAAGCCACACCAGAUGGGUCUGGCCGGGGCCGUCUCCCUUCCUGUCUUCUGGUUGGCUGGAGCUGGAACUGCAGUCUUCUGGGUACUGGGGGCCACGCUGGCUGUGAUCGGCUCCCACGCUGCGUUGCACGAGGUGGAGAAUGGAGACAUGGAAGAGAUCAUCAUGGAGCCCGUUUAACCUCCGGAUCAAGAGCCUCUUCAGUUCCAGCGUUCACCUGCCUUGCCAUUACGACAUACAUGUUACACUGACUUACCGACUGGUUAACUGACUGACUGCAUGACACUUGUGCAUACAGACGCAUACAGAACCAGGCACAAAGACAGACUGACUGACCCACUGAUUAAUGCCCUCUGUAUCAGGCCCUGAUAUGCGGAGAAGAUAACAAGUUUACAUGCAUUACCCAGCUUGCACAUUCAUAUAUACCCACAUAUUCAGUAUAUUUACCCAUCUUGCACUUUCAUCUUCGUCUAGGCUUUUUAAGUUCCUGUUGAAAAGGGAACCUGAGAUACUUUCAAUCACAUUAAUACAAAUUCAGUAUUUGUGAAUCAAUUAAUUAUAUGCUUCAAAAACAAUGGGCAUUAAUCGGUUAAAUUUAGGAAGGCCUGCCACCUGUUCUCGACCUUUAAUACCGAUGUAUAAUAAAGGUUAUACCACAUUAUGUAACUAAGAUAAUAUUCAUGUUCCGAUGAUAAUAUUCAAGUGUGCUAUAGCUGAAAUGUGCGCCAGAAAUGUCAGCUUGUUUGUCUUCACUAGGCAUGUAUAAAAUGGGUUUUUGGCUAAAGUAAAAAAAAUGCUAUUGCAACGUGUGUGAACAACGCCCUCUACUGAGUUGCAUUUGUAAAGGCAAUGGUGAAGACGGUAAACAAAUUGCCUUCUUUUCUUGCGAAUGUGUAGUGCUUUAUGAAUCCAUAUAGGCAUUUUUAAGGAUUUAGUUAAUCUUGUGCAAAAUUUGGUAGAAAUAAUUUAUCAAUUCUUUAUGAUAUUUGUAUUAAAUUGAUCAAAAGUAUUCCAGGUAGUCUUUAUGCCAAAUGACUUGAUAUCCGUGUGAUCACCAGGUUGAAUCAAAAUAGGUUUACCUGUAAUCUCCGCCAGGUGUAGUCUGCAUUGAGCAAACCUUUCAUAUCUUGACUAUUCUCUGGACUUUCCGUCACAGAUUGUACUGUACUGUACCCGGCUUACUGUACUUAGCAUGAUGUUCUGUCAUUUAAAGCUGCCUUUCUCUUCAAACCGUCUACCUGCUUGGACAGUUCUGUUUCUAUUCAGUCUUUGUAUUUAUAUUGACUGUUGGGAAGUGCAAUAAAUUAUUCUUCCUGUA